ACUUAGCUAACAAAAUCUUGAACUAUAAUUAAAUCAAAUUACUUUUUGGUUUCGAAUCGGUUAAAACAUUUCAUGAAAAGGGUGGGGAGUGUUGAAACCACGUGCCAAAGAAAAGGGGUAAAUUUUGAAGGGAAGAAUAUCGAAGCGUGUCUCUUUCUUUGCCUUUCCCGUCUUCCUUCUUCUUCUUCCCUCUAUCCAUCUCUAAAUUUCUUCAUUGUACUAAGCUUACAUCUACUUUUUCAUACAGACAUAGUUGAAGAAGAAUGGCUGUUGUGAGUGCUUCUCUUGUUGCUUUGGGACCCAACUCAUCUCCUUGUGUUUCGCCCUCUCAGUCCUGCUCUAUGCAUUCUCUCACCAUUUAUUCUUCCCAACCGGCGCUGGUUUCUGCAAUUGCAAAGAGAAGGGCUCUCUCUUCCUGCACAUUUGCUCUCGAAAACAACAACCUUUGUGAAACAAGUGUAGAUGAAGAGGAAAAUGAUGCAGUAUUGGGAGACUCCUCUGAAACUCUCUUGUAUUCAUUCUCUCCUUUGCCUUUGCUACUUUUGGCUGCUCUUCCUGGAGCUACAACUGUGACAUCUCUGAUCAGCCCUUUCGUUGAGCUAGUAAAGUCAUGGAGCCUUCCCGGUUGGCUGGUGCACUGGGGCCAUCCUGCUAACAUGGCUGUUGUGCUGUUUGCUAUGGGUGGUUAUGGGACUUACUUGGGCUUCCGUAUUCGUUUCUCAGAUGAUGUUGAGGAAAAGGCCAAGGCCAAAGAUUUGCACCCUAAGCUUCUUGGUGGAAUGUUCUUCUUCUUUGCUCUUGGAGCUACUGGUGGCAUCACAUCUCUUCUCACUUCUGAUAGGCCCAUCUUCCAGAGUCCUCAUGCUGUAACGGGCUUCAUCGGUCUUGCUCUUUUAACCAUUCAAACGUUGUUGCCAACAUUGUUUGAGGGGAAUCCUGGGUUGCGAAACAUUCAUGGAAUCUUGGGUAGCGGCAUUAUGACAUUGUUCGUGGUUCAUGCAGCCCUAGGGCUUCAACUAGGAUUGAGUUACUAAUUUCUUCAACUAAUAAAAUUAUAGAUUUGUUUUUGUGCCACCAUUAGGAUGGUUCAUAUUCUUUUCCUAGUUGGCAUAAACAUAUUGCAACUCUGAUAAUUCACAAGUAAUGUACAAUAUCUUCUUUUUUUUUUUUUCUCAAAAAAACAGGUGGUUGAGUAUCAAA